AUGCGCAUGCUCUUCCUCGUGCUCGCCGCGCGCUCGGGAGCCGGAGUGGCGGGGUCGGAGCUGCUGCAACGGCGCGAGUGGCCGCGAGGGGUCGUACUGGGGCUCUCCAGAGGGCGAGACCACUACGCGGUGCUCGCGGCGGCGCACGGGGCAGCUUUGAGCAGUGCAGCGCCUCAGCAGCGCCUUCAAGCAGUGCAGCGCAACGCCAGCUGCCUCUCUGGAGCUAUGCGGCGGCUGGCGGGCCUGUGCGAUGGCGCCGAUCCGUGGGCUCGGGACGCGCAGUCGGCUCGCGUGCCGGUUGCCGAGUCAAGCCAGCUACAUACACCACGCAGGGCGUGA